AUGAAACUUAAAGGAACUCGUUCUCUUUCUGCUUGCAUUCAUUGUAGAAAAGCAAAAAUAAAAUGCACUAACUUCGAUUCUAAACUUGGAUGUGAUGAGUGUGGAAAACGUCAAUUAAAAUGUAUAAUGGAUCCAUGCCGUAAAAAACGCGGACCGAAACCAAAGACUAUUCACGUCAUGCCCACAUCACAACUGCCGAAUACAAUUAACUUUGAUUCAAGGGAAAAAAAAUUAUGCAAAGGUGGAACUCCUGGACUUUAUAAAUGUGAUAGGUGCCAAAAAAAGAGCGUUUGCAUAUUUCAAUGCACAGCCUGUUAUAAAAAGAACAAGGAUAAAAAAGAUCAAUUACCACAAUGCAACCAUUGCAAAGUGAUUUCAGGAGAUCCUCCUCCUGAAAGUAUUCUUUCAAAGUAUAAUAUAACCAUGGAUGAGACUGGUCAAAAAUCCUACCUUCAUCAUUAUAAUUGUAAUCAUAAAUUAGAGAUCACCGCUGAUGCAAUGAUAAGUUCCUACAAAACUAUUAAUCCAACUUACAUAGCACCAGAUGACGUUUCUGAACUUUCAAAUCUUCAUGGUCAGAAUGAAGAAAGUGACUUUUCAGAAAUUGAUUUGACAUCAACCAUAGUAAUGAAUGCCUAUGAUCCUCAAUUCGUUUAUGAUAAUACUUACUAUCCGGUUAUUAACACUUAUGAAAAUAUUGACCAAUAUUAUCAAACUGAAAGUUCCAUUCCAACUCAUUUUAAUACUUUUACAAAUUCUUUAUCAUUACCUAUCGCUAAUUAA